UUCGGCCGCCGCGCCGGGGGGUGGGGGGGCUGCGCGGGACUCUUUUCUUUCAGACGGAUCGCGGGGCAGCUGGGGAGCAUGUCGACCCCCGCCCGGAGGAGACUCAUGCGGGAUUUCAAGCGAUUGCAAGAGGACCCACCUGUGGGUGUCAGUGGCGCACCAUCUGAAAACAACAUCAUGCAGUGGAAUGCAGUUAUAUUUGGACCAGAAGGGACACCCUUUGAAGAUGGUACUUUUAAACUAGUAAUAGAAUUUUCUGAAGAAUAUCCAAAUAAACCACCAACUGUUAGGUUUUUAUCCAAAAUGUUUCAUCCAAAUGUGUAUGCUGAUGGUAGCAUAUGUUUAGAUAUCCUUCAGAAUCGAUGGAGUCCAACAUACGAUGUAUCUUCUAUUUUAACAUCAAUUCAGUCUCUGCUGGAUGAACCAAAUCCAAACAGUCCAGCAAAUAGCCAGGCAGCACAACUUUAUCAGGAAAACAAACGAGAAUAUGAGAAAAGAGUUUCAGCCAUUGUUGAACAAAGCUGGAAUGAUUCAUAAUAGACAACUGGUCUGUUAAUCUUUUUCAUCAUUGUUGUGUAUAAUUUACCUCUCAGUAGAAAGGCUAACAAAUUUUAAGUGCCACCGGUUUUAAGGAUUCUGCAGAAAAAAAAGUCCUUCAGUUUAGAACCUAUAAAAGCUUGUGUAUCUUGAUUAAUGUACUUUUUAUUGCAUGGUGUGAACUAAGUUAUUGCUUACAUAAAUUUGUAAUAUAUCCUGUUUGUAUUUUUUUCCAAGUGUAUAAUGUUGGUGUGGAGUUUUCAUGACAGAAUAUACACAUUUUGUAAAUCUGUACUUUUUUCAAAUAUUGAAUGCCUUAUUUUUGAAUUCUUUAGAUUUUUAAAUUGGAGAAAAGCACUUAAAGUUUUUUAUAUAUGAAUAUUACAUGUAAAGCUGUUAAAAUACAUAACUUCAGUGCAAGA